GUUUAAACCAGCAACGGUUCCCAAUACUCUCAAUUAUGGCCCGCGACUUCUUAUCAGUUGCAGUGUCAGGAGUUGGUGUUGAAUCCCUUUUUAAUACCAGUCGUGAUAUCUGUCACUAUCGCCGAAGCCGCCUCGAUCCAAAAACUAUUCAUGGACUUAUGAUACUUCUUAUGGCAGAUCGCUUUCAGUUAAGGGAAGACUGCCGAAUCGAGAAGGAAGAGGGUGAUAAUAUAUCAGAUAUCUAUAACUACCUUGAACAACCGGGUGAUAAGGAUCACUUUGAAUAUAUCAGUGAUAGUGAUGAUUCUGGGGAUCCUGAGGAGAAUCUGUUCGAUCUACUGGACGAGGAUCAUGUUGAAGAUGAAGAUACCCCUGAAAUACCUGAUAUUCAGCCUUCAACACCAAUAGAGAAGGAGCAUGCACAGUUCCAUGAAGAUGAUAGUGAAGAUGAUAUACGGGGACCAGAGACUUUAGGCCAUCGGCGGCAGUCAAGAUAUGGAGCUAGGGCUGUAAAUUAUCGUGCUCUUGCCGGUUAUCGGACAUAUAAUACCCAACAUUAGGCUUUUAAUCAGACUUAGUGUUUUUCCUUUAGAGUUAUAUAUUCCAACUUAGUUAGAAUUUUAUUUACUUAUAUCUUUAGUAGCUUCUGCCUUAAUAUCUGUAUU